AUGGGUAAGGAAGAGUCAGUAGCCACCUUCAAGGGCAACGAGUUCUUCUGCUACGACCUGUCGCUGACGCCCAUCCAGAGCAGCACCGACGAGAUCACGCUGUCCUUCCGCACGCUGCAGCGCAACGGCCUCAUGCUGCACACCGGCAAAUCGGCAGACUACGUGAACCUGUCCCUGAAGAGCGGCGCCGUUUGGCUGGUCAUCAACCUGGGCUCGGGGGCCUUCGAGGCCCUGGUGGAGCCCGUCAACGGCAAGUUCAACGACAACACCUGGCACGAUGUGCGCGUCACCCGCAACCUGCGCCAGCACGCAGGCAUUGGACACGCUAUGGUGACCAUCUCAGUGGAUGGUAUACUGACCACCACUGGUUACACCCAGGAAGAUUACACCAUGUUGGGUUCAGAUGACUUCUUCUACAUCGGAGGGAGCCCCAACACCGCCGACCUGCCCGGAUCACCAGUCAGCAACAACUUCAUGGGCUGCCUUAGAGAUGUGGUGUACAAAAACAAUGACUUCAAGCUGGAGCUGUCACGGCUGGCCAUCGAUCGAGACCCUAAAAUCAGCCUUAAUGGCGACUUGGUGUUUCGCUGUGAGGACGUGGCCGCCCUGGACCCCGUCACCUUUGAGACCCCCGAGUCCUUCAUCUCCCUGCCCAAAUGGAACGCCAAAAAGAUGGGAUCUAUCUCCUUCGAUUUCCGCACUACGGAGCCCAGCGGGCUCUUGCUGUUCAGCCACGGCCGUCCUCAGGGUCCCAAAGAGCAGAAGCCUGGUCGGGAGCUGAAGACUGAUUACUUCGCCAUGGAGCUGCUGGAGGGGUAUUUGUACCUGCUGAUCGAUAUGGGCUCUGGAGAAACAAAGCUGAGGGCCAGCAACAAGAAGGUUAAUGACGGAGAGUGGUGCCAUGUGGAUUUCCAGAGGGAAGGGAGGAAAGUUGCACUUUGA